ACAAGAGCGUUUUACCCACUAUUUUUAUCUGCGAAAAUUGUGUGGAAAAUAGAAAUAAUUGUAUUAAAUUUAAAAAGAUUAAAAAAAAAACUAAUUUAUUUUUAAGAAUUAUUUUUAUGCUUUAAAUAUGAGUGAUCGCGAUGGUGUCAUGUACAGAGAGAGAUCUCGGAGUAAUUCGAUAAAACGUGAAACAAAUUCGCCGGUUAAUAAUGGGCGACCUCGAGAUCAAAGUCGUAGCAGAACACCUGAACAUAGGAUGAAAGAAGAUCGUGCUUCACGGAGUCCAAGUCGGCAGUCACGUCGAGUAUCCAUGAAAGAUUAUCGAGGUAGUAGUUCGAAUAAGCAUAGUGAACGUGAUAGGGCUAGUCGAUCGGAGAGGGAUCGAAGUGAUCGGGGUGGUGAAAGACCACGUUAUAAAUCACGUAGUAGAUCUCGAUCUCCACGUAAAUAUAAAUCUUCACGUUAUUCACGUAGUCGAUCAAGGUCAUACUCAGGUGGUGGCCGUUAUACACGAUCUAGAUCACAUAGUCCUAUGUCAUCACGACGACGUCAUACAAGUAAUCGAGAGAAACCAUCACCCACACGUUGUCUAGGAGUAUUUGGAUUAAGCAGAUCCACAACAGAAAGUCAAUUGUAUCAUAUUUUCUCGAAAUAUGGUCCUGUUGAAAAAGUGGUUUUAGUUAUUGACGCAAAGAUUGGUAGAUCUCGUGGAUUUGGUUUUGUUUAUUUUGAAAAUAUGGACGAUGCCAAGAUGGCAAAAGAGGCUUGCUCUGGAAUGGAAAUUGAUGGACGAUGUAUUAGAGUAGAUUUUUCAAUUACACAACGAGCACAUACUCCAACUCCUGGUAUAUACAUGGGAAAACCUACGUAUAUCUAUGACCGGUGGAAUGAGCGCCGUGGUAGAAGUGACAGAGAUGAUUAUUAUGGAGGUAGCAGUGGGGAUCGUUAUAGGAGUUCGUACAGAGACAGACGUUCACCAUCACCUAGAUACCGUAGUCGCAGAUAUGAACGAUCACGUUCACGUUCCUACUCGCCCCAUAAGUACCGUAUUAAAAGAAGAGAUAAUGGAUGAAAAAAGUAGAAAAAAGUUCAAAAAUGAAAUAAAAACACUGCAACACAAAAUUCUUGCAUCUCAAGAACUAUUAAUAUUGAGAAAAUUAUUUAAAAGAAUAUGAUCUGAAAAUUGUCCUGUUUUCGUCAUCACGAAAUUCAAGGUUGAAAAUUCAUUUUAAAUCUUGAAGACUUAAUACAGAAGCUCAAGAUUUCUCUAUCAGAUGAGCGUAGAUCGAAGGAAGACAUUGGAUUUUUGAAUUGAUUAGGCCUUUUUUGAUGUUAAGUUCUUAUCAUUGAAAAAUAUGUUGGUGAUCAUAUUCUUUGUAAGGUAUAAAUUUUAUGCAGGAGAUUAUCCAAAUUUUCAUUUUUUUAACAUCCAUUUUCCCAACUUUAA